CUCUCUCUCCACCAAACUCCAACUCCAAACCACCAAAAUGCUCCAUCUCCUCCUCCUCCUCCUCCUCCAUUCUCCAUUAACUACCUCCUCCCACUGCUCCACUUCCACCACCCUAAAAACCUACCAAAAAUGCAUGUCACUUCCUUCCCAAGACGCCACUCUUGCUUGGACUUACUACCCUCACAACUCCACUCUAGACCUCUCCUUCACCUCCUCCUUCCUCUCCCCUUCCGGCUGGGUCGCCUGGGGCCUCAACCCCACCUCCCCUCAAAUGUCCGGCACUCGCUCUCUCAUCGCCUUCUCCGACCCUUCUUCCGGCUCCCUUAUCCUCCUCCCCUUCAUCCUCUCCCCUUCCACCAAACUCCAACUCUCCCCUCUCCUCUCCACCCCUCUUGACAUCCCUCUCCUCUCCUCCUCCGCCCUCCUCCGCCACGACUCCGCUUCCAUCCGCGCCGGCGCCGUCGUUGAGAUCCACGCCACUCUCAAGCUCGUCCCUAACCGCACCCGCAUCAACCAUGUUUGGAACCGGGGUCUUUAUGUGCAAGGCUACUCUCCGACCAUUCAUCCCUUGACCUCAUCGGACCUUGCCUCCCGUGCCACCAUUGAUGUUGUCUCCACCGCCGCCACCCUCUCCCCGGAGCUGCCUUCUUGGGCUAAACCUUUGCAUGGAGUUCUCAAUGCUUUGUCCUGGGGUUUUCUCCUCCCGGCCGGCGUUGUCAUCGCUCGUUAUGUCCGCCAGUUUGAGUCCGCCGGCCCCACUUGGUUCUACGCCCACGCCGCCGUCCAAGCGACCGGAUAUAUAUUGGGAAUAACGGGGUUUGCCAUCGGUAUAGCAAUGGGAAAUUCAUCUCCGGGUGUGACCUACAGUCUUCACCGGGGACUCGGGGUGGCAGUGGUGGUGGCGGGAGGGUUGCAAUCACUAGCAUUGUUUUUCCGGCCAAGUGCAACUCAUCGGUUUAGGAAGUAUUGGAAGUCAUACCAUCAUUUUGUAGGGUAUGGGUGUGUGGUGCUUGGGGUGGUGAACGUGUUUCAAGGGAUGGAAAUAAUGGGACUUGGAAGGUCCUAUGGAAAAUUGGGGUAUUGUAUGGUCUUGUCCACAUUGUUAGGGGUUUGUGUGGCCCUUGAAGUAAAUGCUUGGGUGGUGUUUUGUAGGAAAGCUAAGGAGGAGAAGAUGAGAAGGGAAAGUGGAGGGAAUGGCUUUCAACAUGUUAGGAAGGGGAGCUUUUGAGUUGCUUCUUGUUGUUAUUUUUAUUGUUUUGUUUAGAUAUUUUGCAUGUAAAUUUUAGUUUUGAAAUGGAUUGGAUUUCAUUGUGCUUUUUUUUUUU